AUGCUUCAGCAGCAGCAAACGCAUGCAAAGCUUCUGCAAGAAUUCAGCAGCCUGCAGGCCCGCCUGGAGGCCUGCGGGCUGCUGGUGGGGCCCCCCAGCAGCAGCGCGGGGGCCCCGGGCCCGGGGGGCCCCACUGGGGGCCUCCCAGGCAGCGAAAAGGGGGCCCCGGUGCUGCAGCAGGAGCUGCUGCGCGCUGCGGAGGCGCUGGAUGCUUUUGCUGCUAAGCUGCUUCUGUUCUGCUGCGACAGCAGCAGAACUUGGCAGCUGGCGCAGGCGCUGCAUGCAGCAGUGGCGAAGCAGCGCGGGGCUGCGCAGCUGCUGCUGCAGGCGCAGCAAGGCAGCUGGUCUGCUGCUGCUGCUGCUGCUGCAGGCCCUGCGCUGGCGGCGAUGGACAGGGCCCGAGCAGCUCUUGCUGCUGCUGCUGCAGCGCCGCAGCUCGCCAGGCAGAUCGCCAGCAGCUUAAGUCCUUUUGCUUUUUUUUCUCUCAGUGUGAAGCGCCAGCUGCAGCCAGCGGAUUUGCUGCAGUUCGAGGGCUGGGCCUUUGGCUUCAGCGACCCCUUGGCCCCGCUGCAGCAGCUGCAGCGGCUGCAGCAGCUGCUGCAGCCCCUUUUCGGCAGCAGCAGCCGCGCGCUGCUGCCCACCGACCUCCGGGGCGUCGCCGAAGCUAGAGCAGCAGGAGGCCUCCGCCUAAAGGGCCUUUUGGGGAAGCAGCAGCAGCAGCUGCGGGGGCCUGAGCUGCGCUGCUGCGGCCAGCCGCUGUGGGCCUCUUUGCUGCUGCCCUUUGCCCAGCAGCAGCAGAACUUCGGGGCCCCCGGGGGCCCCCUUUUGCUGCCCCCGACCCAAGAGCUGCUGCUGCAGCCAGCGGAGACGGCUGCUGCAGCUGCGCGCAGGCUGCUGCUCAAGCAGCAGCAAGACCGGGGCCAGGCGCAGCAGCAGCAGCAGCAGCAGCAGCUGUUGGACCUGGCAAAGCCCGAUAUGAGGGACAAACCCGCCCCACUAGCUGCUGCCGAAAAGCCAGGAGAGAGCCAAAGGCCUCUUGGGCCGGGACAAGAGGGGCCCUGGAGGGGCCCCUGGGGCCCCGAGGCCCCUCCAAAGGUGGGGGGCCCCCCAAUGGGAAGCACAAAGGGCACUGCCACCCUUGGAGCCGUUUCUUGA